AUGUCAAUGGACAAGCGAAACAUGAUACUUGUCAUAGCUGUUCUGAUCGCAACAACUACAUUCCAAGCUUUACUUCAGCCUCCAGGCGGAGUAAUGCGCGAUAACAAUACCACUCAUAUUUACAUUAACCGCACCAUCACCACCGCCAAUUUUAUUUCUACUAACAUCACACAUUUUAACGCCACCAUAUUCACCAACAACACCGACACCACCGACAAUCCUACUGAAAUCAAGGGACCAAGUGAUGAAUAUAAGGAAGUACAGAAAUACAAGGCUGAUAUAAGGAAGCAAUUGAUUGAACAAGGGUAUCACAUUUGGGGCAUUGUUGGAGACCAAUGGAGUAGCAUUGAGGGACUCCCUACUGCUAAAAGAACAUUUAAGCUUCCAAAUCCCAUGUACUAUGUUUCUUGA